AUGAAGAGGCUGUUGAGUGAUGAUGAGAAUGAACAUCAACAUCAAGACCAAGCACAUUCACUCCCGCCAUCGUCACAAUCAUUCACAUCUUCUGGUUCACAGUUACAACUUUCAAAUACUCAAGAACAAUAUUUGAAGAAAAUUAGACCAAAUGAACUGGAAGGUCCUUCCGAGUUUGAAAGAGAACUCUUGGAUAUGUCCCAAGCCCCAGUGCUGAAAUCUGAAGAGGAUCAAGGCUGGGAGAACUUACGAAAUUUCUUUAAUUCGAAACAAUUAUUAAACAGAACUAAUUUUGAUAAUGGAUUCAAACCAAGAUUUUUUACCACUAAUGGAUUGGCUCCUUUGACUAUAAUAUAUGGAUCAUGGCAUAGUUACCAAUGGAGGCGAAUUAAAUAUACAGAAUAA